AUGACGGGCGAGACUCUACCUCAGGGUGAGGUGAUCGGGAUCGUGAUUGGGGCUAUAGUGCUGUUCUCGAUCAUCAGCAUUGUGCCAAUCAUGAUCAUGUGGUAUCACCGACGCCAUGCUGCCGCUAGAACUACAAACGAGGUCCACGACCUCACAUCACCGAUGCAUCAGGCCUCGGUGGAGCAAUGGCUAGAGGAGCAGAAUACCCCCAGAGAUAUUCAACGAUACACCCACGAAACUUGGUACGUUAUCAACCUGUUUCAUUUCCUUGCAACUUGCUCCAUGUACGUGGACCCAACCCACGUUGGCAACAUCAUGUCUUGGCUGUGA